AUGUAUCACUACCAUCCAAUUGAAAAAUUUGCUGAAUCCUUCUAUUCAUCAUAUCUCCCUCGACUUGUACAAGAUAAACUAUUUGUGCCAAACAAUAGAGUAGAGAGUGAGGAGGCGAAAACUAGUUCAGGUCUCUCCAAAUGGAAUAUUUUCAAGGCAUGCUUUUCAAGGGAAGUACUUCUUCUAAAAAGAAACUCCCCACUACAUAUAUUCACGACCAUACAGAUAACAGUCCUUGCUUUGGUGAUAUCAACCAUUUUUCUUCGAACAAGUAUGAACCAAAAAUCUAUUAUUAAUGCGAAUAAAUAUAUCGGAGCUCUCUUUUUGGUUGUUAUGAUAGUAAACUUCAAUGGCAUGGUUGAAAUUGCUGUGACAAUAAAGCGACUUCCCACUUUCUACAAGCAAAGAGACCUUCUAGCAUUGCCAGGAUGGGCAAUCCUUACUCCAAUUUUUCUUCUUAGUAUCCCAAUAUCUUUUGUACAGACAAGUCUUUGGACCGUCUUAACCUACUAUGUGAUUGGCUACGCACCUUCCUUUAUUAGAUUCAUGAAGCAUUUCUUGGUACUUUUUUCCAUGCAUCAAAUGUCAAUGGGCAUGUGUCAUUUAUUAGCGGCGGUAGCAAGGACACUAGUAAUGGCCAACGUGCUUGCCACCACAUCUCUUAUAGCAAUCUUCAUAUUUGGUGGCAUCGUCAUUUCAAAAGAUGAUCUCAAACAAUGGUUACAAUGGGGAUAUUGGGCAUCCCCAUUCACUUAUGCACAAAACGCAAUCUCCCUAAAUGAGUUCCUUGAUGAAAGAUGGGCCACAGAAUUUCCUUAUGAAAAUGCUAAUACCAUUGGCGACGCUAUCCUCAAGAUCAGGGGGUUGCUCAUAGAUUGGCACUGGUAUUGGAUUUGUGUCACUAUAUUAUUUGGAUUCUCGUUGGUGUUCAAUAUACUCAGUAUCUUUGCACUGGAGUUCAUGAAAUUGCCACACAAGCAUCAAGUUAACAACAAAGCUAUGAAGGUAAUGAAAGAGUGCACAAAUAGGAUAGUCGGAAUUGGCAAUGGGUCAAUUCCACAAGGUGUUCUCCCAUUUCAGCCUCUUACCUUUGUAUUUGAUCAUAUCAACUAUUUUGUCGAAAUGCCUAAGGAGAUGAUGAAGUAUGGAGUAACUGAUAAAAGGCUUCAGUUGCUACAAGAUGUUAGUGGUGCUUUCAGACCAGGGGUGCUAACAGCUUUGAUGGGAAUCACUGGUGCUGGAAAGACAACAUUACUCGACGUUUUGGCUGGAAGAAAAACUGAAGGAUAUAUUGAAGGUACUAUCACAAUAGAAGGAUAUGCAAAGAAGCAGGAGACAUUUUCAAGGAUCUCUGGCUACUGUGAACAAAGUGAUAUCCACUCACCUAAUCUCACUGUAUAUGAGUCACUGCAGUUUUCUGCAUGGCUCAGGUUGCCUUCAAAAGUUAAAUCUUGCCAAAGAGAUAUGUUUAUAGAUGAAGUCAUGGAUCUAGUUGAGUUAACAGGACUGAAGAAUACCAUGGUGGGUCUGGCAGGAGCAACUGGCCUGUCAGCUGAGCAACGAAAAAGGCUAACAAUGGCUGUCGAGCUUGUUGCUAGCCCUUCCAUUAUAUUUAUGGAUGAGCCGACCACUGGCUUGGAUGCCCGUGUUGCGGCGAUUGUCAUGAGGGCAGUAAGAAAGACAGCAGAUACUGGACGAACCAUUGUUUGUACAAUUCAUCAGCCAAGCAUUAGGAUAUUUGAAUCUUUUGAUGAGCUUCUACUCAUGAAAAGAGGUGGUCAGAUCAUAUAUAGUGGUUCACUAGGUCGACUUUCUAGCAACAUGAUAAAAUAUUUUGAGGAUAUCCCCGGUGUUCCUAGAAUAAAAGAUGGACAAAACCCAGCAUCAUGGAUGUUGGAUGUCAGUUCACACACCACAGAAUACGAGAUUGGAGUGGACUAUGCUAAAAUUUACCAGAGCUCCUCCCUAUACAGGGAGAACAAACUUCUUAUUGAAGAGCUUGGAAAACCAACGCCAAACACAGAAGAUCUACAUUUCCCUCCAAGAUAUUGGCUAAACUUUAGGGCACAAUGCAUCGCUUGCCUAUGGAAACAAAGAUGUGCAUAUUGGAAAAAUCCAGAGCAUAAUGUUGUUCGAUUCCUAAACACGUUUGUUCUAUCAAUUAUGUUUGGAACUGUAUUUUGGCAAACUGGAUCAACCAUUAAACAACAACAAGAUAUAUUCAACAUACUAGGGCUCAUAUACGGAUCAGCAUUGUUUCUUGGCUUCAACAAUUGUUGUAUCUUACAACCGGUUGUGGCAACAGAGAGGAUUGUUCUCUACCGAGAAAAGGCAGCAGGCACAUACUCUACCUUGGCCUAUGCCAUAGCUCAGGUGGCGAUUGAAUUGCCUUACAUGCUUGUCCAAGUAUUCAUAUUCGCGACAAUCGUAUACACAAUGAUUGGAUUCCAGAUGACCGCCAAUAAGUUCUUUUGGUUUCUACUUUACAUGGUGCUAAGCUACAUGUACUACACACUCUUCGGGAUGAUGACUGUGGCGCUAACACCAAACAUUGAGAUAGCUUCUGGAUUGUCCUUCCUUAUCUUCAUCUUUUGGAACAUCUUCUCCGGCUUCAUGAUCGGAAGAGAGAUGAUCCCAGUCUGGUGGAGGUGGGUGUAUUGGGCAAACCCAGCAGCAUGGACGGUGUACGGACUCAUGUUCUCCCAGCUUGGUGACCGGAUAGAGCCAAUUCUUGUACCUGGGCAACCAAACCAAACAGUGCGGGAGUUCCUCGAAGGCUACCUUGGCCUCGAGGACCACUACUUCAACCUUGUCACGUACCUUCACGUGGUCAUCAUCGCCCUCUUCGCCUUUAUCUUCUUUAUCUCCCUAAAGUAUCUCAAUUUCCAACGGAGAUAG